UCAAAAAGGGUAAACAUUUCACAUUCGUUUUUGUCUUUCGCACGCAGCAGCAGUUCCCUUGGAAAACGUUUAAAUUUUAGUAGUUUUAGUGUAAAAAUCCCGUUUGAAAGUGCCCGAAAAUGACCACCGCAGCUCGGCCAACCUUCGAUCCGGCCCGUGGCGGAAGUGGCCGGGGCGAAAAGGAUCUCAGCGCCCUGUCCAAACAGUACAGCAGUCGGGAUCUUCCGUCGCACACUAAACUCAAAUACAGAGAUCCCGGUCAGGGCACCUCGGAGGAACUGCGCAGCCGUGACUUCCGUGAGGAGUUGGAGAAACGCGAACGCGAGAGCAAAUCCGGCAAGGGAGCGGUCUCGGGUGGCGCCCCGUCUUCCGUGGUCAGGCGAGCGAUCGAAGCCAACAGCGCUUCGGGAAGCAAACGGCAGAAGGUAGACGCAGCGCCCCAGAAUCUGGAUGCGGACGAUCCGGUCGACAGCGACAACUCGGAUUCCGACUCGGACGAAGACGACACGGCGGCUCUGUUGGCCGAAUUGAACAAGAUCAAGCGGGAACGGGCCCAGGAAACGGCCAAGAAGGAGCUGGAGAAGCGCCAGGAAGACGAGAGGAUUCGCAUGGAGAACAUCCUUUCCGGAAAUCCGCUGCUGAAUUACGCGUCCACGGCCAAGGCGGAACUGAAGGUGAAACGACGGUGGGAUGACGAUGUGGUGUUCAAGAAUUGCGCCCGAUCCGAGCCGGACAAGAAGACCAACCAGUUCAUUAACGAUUCGCUGCGAUCCGAGUUCCACAAGAAGUUCAUGGAUAAGUAUAUUAAGUAAGUAGAGUUUAAGGUGUUUUAGGAUAAUCUGCGAGCAUACUUUUAUUGAUAAUUAUACCCACUAUUGAUAUGAU